AUGAAGGAUGUCGUGGCUAAGUUAAUGCUCAUUCGGCGUGCUAAUGACACUAGUGCGGAAGCUGAGGGCCUUACGCCAGAUCUUUCUAUACCUUCUGCAAGUGCAAUUGUUCGGUGUUAUGUAGCUAUGCUAGCUUGUGUGAUUAGCAUCUGGCUUAAAAAUCUUCUACAUCUGGUCUUGUGGCAUAAUAAUCUCGUGGGUACUAUUCCUCAUGAACCUGGAAGCUGCUCAAACCUCGAAUUUUGGGACUUGUCGGAAAAUUUCCUCUCAGGAAGCAUACCUAAAAGUUUGGGAAAUCUCUCAAGUUUGAAAGACUUUCAAGUAGAGGAAAAUCAUUUAUCAGGAUGUAUACCUCACGAGCUCACUUAUUGUACAGCUCUCACUGCAAUUCAUAUAGACAGCAAUCAUCUCUCAGGCGAGGUACCAAAAAGCAUUGGCAACUUAAAGAGUUUGACGCUUCUCUUUUGUACGAACAACAAGCUAUCUGGGUUCUUACCUGAAAGCCUUACUGAGUGUGAGUUUUUACAAUUCAUAGAUUUCUCUUUCAAUAGCUUUUCUGGUCCUAUACCUAGGAAGUUAUAUGCAUUAAAUAAUCUCACCGUGCUAGAUUUAGUGUCAAACAAUUUAACGGGUAUUUUGCAUCCUGAAGUGGGCAACCUAGAAACUCUGACUUGGUUUUCAGUAGGUAGUAAUAGGUUGGGAGGUCGUAUUCCAGGCGAACUUGGGAAGUUGAAGAACUUAUAUUUCCUUGAUUUGAGUGAGGAUCACUUUAAAGGUAGAAUCUCGCCUUUGUUAUCUGGUUGCUCAAGCUUGAAUUACUUCGACGCCCAUGAAAAUGCAAUCACAGGUUCUGUGCCUAAUGAUUUACCGAGGAGUCUACAAUUUGUAGACAUAUCGAACAAUCAAGUUAGAGGUAUGCUACCAGCAUUUAUUUGUUCUUUGAAUAAUCUGACAAAACUUAUUCUGAGGAACAACAAAAUUUCUGGUGGAAUUCCUCAUGAAAUAAAAUAUUGUAAUAAAAUGUUGUUGUUGGAUUUGGGAAACAAUUGCUUCACAGGGGAGAUUCCAAAGGAACUCGGUCAACUCUCUUCUUUGGAAAUCUCUUUGAACCUUAGCUUCAACCUAUUGUCAUGUGAGGUUCCAUUUCAAUUAUCUGGCUUAGGAAAGCUAACAGCAAUAGAUCUUUCUCAUAACCAACUUAGUGGUAAGUUGGAUGUCUUUACAAGUCUAGCAAGCCUUGUCCUAUUAAAUGUCUCGUUUAAUAAUUUCUUUGGCGAAGUGCCCAACACCCUUCUAUUUCACCAACUCCCUCUAAGUAAUCUUGUUGGAAAUAAGAACCUUAAUUGGCUAGUGCAUCCAACUGAUCAACAUGUCCACCAUUCCACCAUGAAGUUGAUUGAUUUAAUCUUGUUGUGCAAUGGUGGGGUUCUUCUGUAA